AUGAAGGACACUAUUGUGAUACUGAACUGUCAUGUCAUUGCUUUUCUAUGCCGAGCACUGGACUGGUACAAAUCCAGCUCACUCUCGCGGACUAUCCAAUCUUUCACCAGACCUGCGGCAUUGCGAUACGACGAUCUCAUCGGAGACAUAAACAAGACACUCGCCAAAGUGGGCGACCUAUCACAAGCCGGAGGCCAAGCUGAACAAAGAGAUAUGCAUAUGGAAAUGCACCAAGAGUACGAUGCGCAGCAGAACUUUCGCUCGACAGUACAGAAUCGGUUAGACGAGAUGGAGCAGCAACUCAACACGCUAAUCCAGCAAAAGUACUCCGCUGGGGAGCUGAAAGCUGUCCACCAAGAAGUCAAGGAUGUGGCAGCUCUUGUUGCUCUGAUUAGCAAGAAGCAAACAUCCUCUGAGCAGACGCUUCUGCAGGCGUUAGUUCUCAUGAAGCAAGAUAUCCAGGCUACGCAAGCGGAUAUUCGUGUCCAAAUUUCGGAAGUACAAUUCACCCAAGGGUUAUCGUUCAUCUCUGCCAGAUGUGCCAUUGAUCACCAGGUAGCUUACGAAAAGGCUUUCGUACAACGAAGAGCACGCCGAGUGACAUCCAGCAAGUGCGCACCAUUCUGGAACUCACAGCAAUUCAAAACGUGGGACCAAUUGGACACUUUCCACAUCAUCACACUCAACUCAGGACUCCGCGACCGGCUCAACGUGCGCGAUUUCUACGUCGGUAUAAUCGAGCAACUGCUCAAUUCGUACAUACCCGUGUUCUGGAUCAUUGAACAAAAAUACCCCCGGGAUCAGCAGGAUCAAAGGCAUGAUCUCUUCGAGGUGAUGAGAAGCCUUGUCGCACAGGCUCUGAAAGCCGCUCUCAAGCAUACCGAUGGUGAUUGCGCAAACGUCCAAGAGAAAGAGCAGGAGCGUGCCCCAAGCUCCCUUGAAAGGCAGUCGAACAAACUUGUUACCAAGGCGCUAACUACUGGAACGCGCAGCAAAUAA